AUGGAGUAAGCAUUCAGACAUAAAAUUUCUAUUGCACCGAUGAUUGAUAUUACUUAUGAACACUUCAGAGUGUUCUUUAGGCUACUGACUAAGAAUUGUGUUCUAUACACAGAGAUGAUUCACGAAAAUGCUAUUAAUUUAAGUCGAGUGUUAAAGCCAUUUCCACUAGUAUUAGACUAUUCAUAAGUUGAACAUCCAGUGGUUUGCUAAUUGGGAGGCAAUGACCCAGAAAAAUUGGCUAAGGCUGCUUAAAUUGCAGAAUAAGCAGGAUUUGAUGAAAUUAAUCUUAAUGUUGGAUGUCCUUCUGAGAGAGUUUAGGAUGGUGCUUUUGGGGCUUGUUUAAUGAAGGAGCCUCAUUUAGUGGCUCAGUGUAUGAAAAAGAUGAAAGAAGCUGUGAAAAUACCAUGUACAUUGAAGUGCAGACUUGGAGUUGAUAACUUAGACUCAUACGAGUUUGUGAGAAAUUUUGUUGAAAUAGUAUACAAAGAAGGUGAGGUUAAUCAUUUUAUAAUGCAUGCUCGUAAAGCAUUCCUAAAAGGGUUGAAUCCACAUGAAAAUAGAACAGUUCCACCACUGAAAUACGAUUGGGUUUAUUAAUUAAAGAAAGAAUUUCCUGAAAUUAAGUUUACUUUAAAUGGGGGUAUUAAAUGUACUGAACAUAUUGAUUAAGUUUUGCCAAAUGUGGAUGGUAUUAUGAUUGGUAGAUCAGCCCAUGAGAAUCCAUGGAUGUUUAGUGAUUUUGAUAGACUAUACUACGGUGGAGAGAAUUAGAAUUACAAUAGAAAGGAGAUAUUAGAACAAUAUGCAGAGUUUGUGGAAGAGAAGAGGGCAACUGGUUGUAAGGUAUCAACUCAAAUGUGUGUAAAACCAAUAAUUAACCUAUUCAAUGGUGAAUCCAACAACAAAAGAUAUAGACAGUUCUUAAGCAACACUGAUAAUCACAAAUUGGGAUUUAGAGGGAUGAUAAAUCAAGUUAUUGAACAUAUGCAUGAGUGGAACCAGGAAGCAUUGUUGGUCAGACCUAAUGAUUAUAAAUUCUGA